ACCGGUACAAUCUAACCGUCUUUUUCAGCGUCUGCUGGGGAUACGGGAGGCGGCUAACUGUUCUCUCACGGCUAACCGGUUCCCGCCCCCUUCUGAGGCCGAUUUCCGGGACUCUGGGACCAGAAUACAUUUGUCAAAUAGCACUUUUUCCUUCCUUUGAACUUCUUUGUGCGCUAGAAGCAGCUGAAAAGAGGAGUAAGCUUUACCAGUCCUAGACGUUCAAGCAUUUUCACAAAUAAAUCCUCCAGCAAGUUUCAAAAUAAUUAGGCCCAAGUCAGGAAGUGGAGUUCCUCUGUUGCACAAAAAAGAUGUCAAGCGGAUCUAGUGAAGUUGAUGUGAUAAGAACACGAAUCCCUGCUUAUGAUGAUGAUAACACUGUUCUUUAUGCAUAUGAACCAAAUACUGCAUAUUUCAGUAAUCAGGAAACUGCUGCAUCUGACACAUCUUACAACGAAGAACAAGAAAAGAUAAUUCAGGAUAUCCUUGUUUAUUGCCAGGCCAUCUAUGAUGCUAUUCAAGACCUGGAUAAGAAAUUUGAUAUUAUUCAUGGAAAAGUUUCAAAAAUUUACCGUUCCCGUUCACGUGUGAAGUCAGUGUGGCAAAGUCAUAAACUACAUGGAAAUAGAUAUAAAAGUCAUAAUUACCUGCAUUCUAGAAAGAGCAAAAGCCAGAAAAGGAAGAGAAGGGACUGUCCCUCUUCAUUAUCUUUAACUGAAAGUUAUAGCCCCACUAUACCAACAAGCAGGCGGGAUGAUGAUUCCCAGAGCAACACUUUGGGAACAUCUUUUGAGUCCCAGAAGUCCCCAGAGCGGGAGCAGGAGUCAUCCUUCCAGGAUCAGGAGUCAUCCUUCCAGGAUCAGGAGCCAGAUCGCAACCAGAGCCCAGGGAUUCCCUCCAUCUUCACACAACCCUAUGAGCCAUACGAAUACGAGCAGAAGGAACCCAUGCAGGGCCCUUCUUACUGCAGCAGCCCACAGGCCCACAGCACCAACAGCUCCUUCCCAGUGAACCAGGCCACUGUAACUCCACCUGCAGCCAUACUGCCCCAGAUGGGACCUGAACCAAUACCUACCCCGGACGUUGUGACCUAUCCACCUUUAUUUGAUCCCCAGCCCUCCAGGCAUAAUACCUCGCCUCCCUACACUCCGAGCGCUUAUG